CCUCCUUCUCCCUCACUGGUCCUCCGUUGCUAAGCAGUUUCUAUGGCAGCAGCAUCCUCAGACUCAACUUUCACCCUCAUUUAGAGCCAAUUAAGGUAAAAUAGUGAGGGGAGGGUGCAGAGUGGCAACGUAGCUGGGAGGCAGGGAAGCACUUGGAGGCUGCAAGCAAAGCUUUACUCUGUCAGACGCACAGGCACAGUCACCCAGCCGCCGCCGCUGCAGUCAGUCUCCCUGCCUGGCUGUGCUGCAGCCUGCUGACUAGGCUGAGCCGCCGCCGCCACACUACAGACCUCAGGACCCUCCGCGGCCCAGAGGCUCAUCCGGUGCGCUCUUUCCCACUCUCCACUCCAGCCUGGCCUGCGGCCCCCGCCUCUGACAUCCUGUCAGCCGAUCCUCCGGGGUGGCCGGCCGUUUGGUGCCUGUGUUUAUUUUCUUUCUUACUACCCACACUUGAUUGGAAGAAAAGGAAAGUUUAAAAAAAAAAUGCCGAUUGCACAGUUGCUGGAACUAUGGAAGAAGAUCGAGGUGGAACCCAUGGAGAUCGAGACCACAGAGGAGGAACUCAGCCUGGACACAGAGCCCACCCCAGAAGAUUCCACAGAAGAAGUCAAAGGUGACACGACCCCCUCAGCUGAGACACAGCCGGCCUCGUCCUCGUCCACGGAGGAAGAAGGCAUCGUAAAGGAGAUUGAUAUCAGCAACCAUGUGAAGGAAGGCUUUGAGAAGGCAGACCCUUCCCAGUUUGAGCUGCUGAAGGUUUUGGGACAAGGAUCCUAUGGGAAGGUGUUCUUGGUGAGGAAGGUCACAGGAUCGGAUGCCGGUCAGCUCUAUGCCAUGAAGGUCCUGAAGAAAGCCACCUUGAAAGUGCGGGACCGGGUCAGGUCUAAGAUGGAGAGAGACAUCCUGGCGGAAGUGAAUCACCCUUUCAUCGUCAAGCUGCAUUAUGCCUUUCAGACCGAAGGCAAGCUCUACCUGAUUCUGGACUUCCUGCGGGGAGGGGACCUCUUUACCAGGCUUUCCAAAGAGGUCAUGUUCACUGAGGAGGAUGUCAAGUUCUACCUGGCUGAGUUGGCCUUGGCUCUGGAUCACCUUCAUGGCCUGGGGAUCAUCUACAGGGAUCUGAAGCCAGAGAAUAUCCUCCUGGAUGAAGAGGGACAUAUUAAGAUCACAGAUUUUGGCUUGAGCAAGGAGGCCAUCGACCACGACAAGAGAGCCUAUUCGUUCUGUGGGACUAUCGAAUACAUGGCGCCUGAGGUGGUGAACCGGCGGGGACACACGCAGAGCGCUGACUGGUGGUCCUUUGGUGUGCUCAUGUUCGAGAUGCUCACAGGGUCCCUGCCAUUCCAGGGGAAGGACAGGAAGGAAACCAUGGCCCUCAUCCUCAAAGCCAAGCUGGGCAUGCCACAGUUCCUCAGCAUGGAGGCACAGAGCCUGCUGAGGGCCCUCUUCAAGCGGAACCCCUGCAACCGGCUAGGUGCUGGCAUUGACGGAGUGGAGGAGAUCAAGCGUCACCCUUUCUUUGUCACCAUUGAUUGGAACAAGCUGUACCGCAAGGAAAUCAAGCCACCCUUCAAGCCUGCAGUGGGCAGGCCUGAGGACACCUUCCACUUUGACCCCGAGUUUACUGCAAGGACCCCCACAGACUCCCCCGGUGUCCCCCCAAGUGCAAACGCCCAUCACCUGUUCAGAGGAUUCAGCUUCGUGGCCUCCAGCCUGGUCCAGGAGCCCUCCCAGCAAGACAUGCCCAAGGCCCCCAUUCACCCAAUUGUGCAGCAGUUGCAUGGGAACAACAUCCACUUCACUGAUGGCUAUGAGAUCAAGGAGGACAUCGGGGUGGGCUCCUACUCGGUCUGCAAGCGGUGUGUACACAAAGCCACCGACGCUGAGUACGCUGUGAAGAUCAUCGAUAAGAGCAAAAGGGACCCCUCAGAAGAGAUCGAGAUCCUCCUGCGGUAUGGCCAGCACCCCAACAUCAUCACCCUAAAAGACGUCUAUGACGACGGCAAGUACGUGUACCUGGUGAUGGAGCUCAUGCGAGGUGGGGAGCUGCUGGACCGCAUCCUCCGUCAACGGUGCUUCUCAGAGCGUGAGGCCAGCGACGUGCUGUACACCAUCGCCAGGACCAUGGACUACCUGCACUCCCAAGGGGUUGUUCAUCGGGACCUGAAACCGAGUAACAUUCUGUACAUGGACGAGUCUGGAAACCCCGAGUCUAUCCGCAUCUGUGACUUCGGGUUUGCCAAGCAGCUGCGAGCGGAGAAUGGCCUGCUGAUGACUCCCUGCUACACGGCCAACUUCGUGGCCCCCGAGGUCCUGAAGCGGCAAGGCUACGAUGCAGCGUGUGAUGUCUGGAGCUUGGGAAUCCUGCUGUACACCAUGCUGGCUGGGUUCACCCCUUUUGCCAAUGGACCAGAUGACACCCCUGAGGAGAUUCUGGCGAGGAUUGGCAGUGGGAAGUACGCCCUUUCUGGCGGAAACUGGGACUCCAUAUCUGAUGCAGCCAAAGACGUCGUGUCCAAGAUGCUUCACGUGGACCCGCAGCAGCGCCUAACAGCAGUUCAAGUGCUGAAACACCCCUGGAUUGUGAACAGAGAGUACCUAUCCCAGAGCCAGCUGAGCAGACAAGACGUCCACCUAGUAAAGGGUGCCAUGGCCGCCACCUACUUCGCCCUGAACAGGACCCCACAGGCUCCAAGGCUGGAACCUGUGCUAUCGUCCAGCUUGGCCCAACGCCGAGGGAUGAAGAGACUCACGUCCACCAGGUUGUAGUGGCCAGCCGAGCCUGCCCUCCAGCCGCAGCCUCCCUGCCCAACAUCCUCUCAGGCCCCCAGACGCCAGAUACAGGUCCUGUUCAUGGGCACUCGAGUGCCCACGAGUCCAGCACAAAACCGGGUCUGGCCUUGGCUGCCUGUUUCCUUUGCAGCCCCGCAGAGGGUCCUGCCCAGGAUGUGUGAGCCUCGCCGCGCCGCCCGCUCUCCUUUUCUCCCGAGUGAAACCAAAUGAACCUGUCACCUCAUAGCACCCUGCUGGAGCCUGCCUGAGCUCGCUCGGGGCUCUAGGUCUUUUCAUACCAUGGCUUAUGUUCCAAGCAGAGCACUUUUACCAUUCUGAAGUCAGUUAAGUGGCCAGCCUCUCACAAAGGCAUUCUACUGUCACGAUAAGAAUGUCAGUGCAGGGCCCCUGCCAGGGAAGAGCAGGAUGCUCCCGGAUGCUCUGAUCUAACCAGUGGCUGUGGGAUGGCAUCCAGCUUAAAUGCCUGGUCUGUCCAAACUCACCCAAAGAGUGUCCCUCCCUCUCCAUCCUCUGGUUCACAAAUGAGAUGCUGGUGGCCUCUCCCUGGCUCUAUCACUGACUUGUUGGGAUGAAAGCUCCCAGCCCAAGAGUCAAGAUGGCCGAGUCUGUUCGAGAGCCUGAUUCAUGGUGGUUGAGAGAGGAGCCCCAGGAAGCUGCCAGGCAGGGCCAGCACCUGCUGUGUGUCCUGCUGCUCUCCAGCGCUCUGGCCCCGGGGACCCUGGAGAGUGUGGGGGCUCCGCCAUUGCCGCUUACCCUGGCGGCUCUGCAUGCGUUUCCUGAGGAGGUGGUGGUGUGUUCACGCUCGGCUUCCCUGGUGCACAGAGGAACUGAAGAAAUGGAACUUUGUUUCCUCCCCCGGCUCUUCCUUAGCCCGGCUGAGGACCGGAGAGAAACCUGAGACCCUUGGCCUCGGAGAGGCGAGAGGCGCCAGGACAGGCCGUCGGCAGGAGUGAUGCACUUCGUAGAAGCCGUGGUUCUGUGUUGCAUUUUGUGUUUCUGUUGUGUAGACCUGUCUCAAAAUCACACUUCACCAACAGUGUUUUCAGGGUGUGGUCUGUGUGGGGAGCAGGGUGACAUUGAGUGGGCUGUCUGUGCACUCGGCGUGCAGAAUAAUAGAGUGAGACCCUUCCUGCGUGGCAUGCUCCACUCAGCCUGGCCCUGGAAGAGGCACGUGUGUGUCCUCCACUCUCUCUGGAGGGCAGGGGUGUUCCAAGGAUACCCCCAUAGUGGGCUCAGGUCAGGGGACACUAUACUGUGGCUCAGAAGCUGCCAGUCUGAGGGGCAGCCCUUCUGCCCAGGAGGUGUAGGGACACGUGUUGGUCCCAGCGAGCUUGCACUGGGCCGUAGCCUCUGUAAGUGAGCCUCUGUACCUCACGCAGCUCUAGGGCCCAGCACCUGCCCCCAGUGGAACAUAUGGAACACAAUUCCUUUGCUCGGUCUAAUUAUUUCAGACCUCAAAAUGUAAACUGAUUUUACAAGCUUUAAUCGUUCCACUGGACUCUGUUUUGUUGGAGAAUUAUAAAAUACAAAGAGUAGGAACAGGCUGUGACUAUGUGCCGUUUUCACAGUGUCCCUAGGGAAGGUCUCAUCUUUUCUCAAUGGAAAAUGCCCUGCCCAGUGCACUUCCCUACUAAUUUUUGAUGUCUGGGUCCUUCCAUUUCUUGAUAUAAAGCUAGUGGAAAAGAAUAGUGGGUAGUCUCAGUGACAGACUCUGUCAUCUUAGAAAUGAACAGAGCCCCAGAAUCCUCUGAGGGCCCUUCUGGCACAGAUCAUAUGCCAGAUGCCAACAACCCUUGGACUGGGUUUGUUUGCAGCUUCAAAUCUAUGAGUUUCAGUGAAGAGAAAGAACAGAACAUAGAAGGCAUCCCCAUUGGUCACAUGGUCUCAUCACCUCUUUUUGGUAAUGUCAGCUUAUCUGCCUUACACUCACUCUCAAAAAACGGGAUGGCGGAGGCCAUCAUACCAAACUCUAUUUUUGAAGUGUCUGUGAAGCAUGUCACAUGUCUGUAGAGGAUGCUGGUUCAGCCCUGCUCUGUUGAGAGUGAAAUACCUCGACAUUCCCACCCUCACCCAGUACAUGAUACUUGAAAUCUUCGGUAGUCAGCCUAAAGAGCAUGUGGCAGGAUUAUUUUAAUUCCUGUUCUUUAAAGUGCAGCAGCAGGCGGCUGUGGCAUGUAACCCCAGUGUCCCGAGCGUUUCCCUUGCCUCUCCAGUGAACCCUUACCCCCCAGCGCGAUGAAAGGUCCUCUGUUCUCUACACAGUGACUGAGGCUCCCCCGCAGCCCAUUGUCACCGCCUGUUUGGGUUUUAGAAGCUACAGAAUCUGUCCUGGGAAACCCCAGCCUACAUCCCAGGCCUCCCAUACCCAGUGGUCACUUUUGGCAGCUCCUGUCCUGAUUGGGAUGAGAACAUGAUAAGUGCCCCACUGAAGGGGAGUGGGGGGUUUGUCAGAUUCUACCCCAAAGUCAAUGGCGGGUAAGCCUUGAGCAUCCGCUGUCCUACAGUUGUGUCAUUUUCAAUUCCCCGUGUGCCCUGAUUUGGGGAUAUUGUUUGGCUUUUUAAGUGAGGAUAGUAUCUUGUGCUAUCUAAUGUUGGCAGUAUUGUUUAUAAAUGGUGUUCUUCCUUAAGAUGCCCUUUGGGAUUUUCCCUGCGUUGUACUGAUUCUCUCAAGCACAGGAGAUACAUGCUGUGACUCUUCAUUCUCUCUGGCGGGUUUUGCCACCCUUCACCACCUGCAAGACUGUGAGACCCCUGGAGUGGAAAGGACUCUGUGGUCCCUGUGUGGCCGGGAAAGGUGGAAGGCGAAGCCAGCAUGGCUCAUCCGUGCAGGUGACACACACCUGUCCACCCUGCCCCGCCGCGCACUGCAUUUACAUGCUCAGCAGUUACGUUUACAGUCCACUCCACGUUCACACUUUCUGUCUGUGUUUGGGACGGGCGGCCACUGUACAGAUAUUUAUUAUGCUUUCCAGACUUUCCCAUGAGAUUUUUUGAAUAAACAUGGAUUUUAUGAAGUGUAA